AUGUUCACAGUUACAACUAUAUCGCACAAGACCAGCGAUUCCCGCCAUCCCUUGGUUAUGUUGACCAAUCGUGAAGGAUAUAGAUAUCUUUUUGGGAAGAUACCAGAGGGAUCGCAAAGAAUAUUGAAUGAGAAUAGAUUUAGAUUAGGUAAAUUGAAAAGCAUAUUCCUAAGCGGAACUAUAUCUUCAUGGUCAGAAAUAGGAGGCCUACCAGGUUUGUUCUUGACUAUUAGUGAUUCUACAAAGAAAAGUAUUGAUAUUUUCACGAAUUCAGGUAAGAUCACGUCUUUCAUCGUUGCAACCUGGAGGUAUUUUGUUUUCAGGAAAGGUGUUGAAUUGAAAAUCAAUGAUAGCAAUGAACAUGAUAUUAUUGCUGAUAGUAAUUUAAUUGUCAAGCCAAUUAAAAUUGAAAGCAAUAAAACCACUAGCAUAAAUGAAGAUGUAUCAAAUAGGUUACAUCAGCAACUUAAAAAGCUCAUUUCAUUGAUGUUCCCAAUGGAUACAACUAAAGUGAACGAUCCUGAUCCAACUUCAUAUAAAUCUGACCCUAGUGAGACUGAAAUUCAAACUCAUGUUAAACUUCCAAAUCCGUUUAAUCUUCUUCCAACUUAUCAACAGCCUUCCUUAAACUAUCUUGUUAGAUUCCUCCCAAUAAGAGGGAAAUUUGAUCCAAUAAAAGCAAAAAGUUUAGGAAUUAAACCAGGAAUCGAUUUCCGUAAGCUUACUCAAGGUCAUUCGAUAGUUAAUGAACAAGGGGAGACUGUCCAUCCACAUCAGGUCAUCGAAGAAUCAAAGCUGUUUCUGAAACUAUUAAUAGUUGAUAUCCCGAAUGCAUCUUAUUUAUCAAAUACACUUAACUGUGAAGAAUGGUUUAGAAGUAAUGAAAAUAUUGGUGAAGAAGAUAUUGGUAUUGUCUAUCAUUUUUUAGGUGAUGAUAUUGACUUUAAUCAGCCAGAAUAUUUGGACUUUAUUAAAAAGUUCCCAGAUAAUUGUAAGCAUGUUAUAAGUCACUCAAAAUUAUCCGACGAUACAUUGAUCUUCAAAACUUCAGCUAUCAAUGUAUUAAAAUUAAAGUGUUUACAGAAAGACCAUUUCAAUUUGCCGUAUAUUGAAUCCUAUAAUCCUUUGCAGAGUGAUUCUGCAGAUUCGAUUCAUAAACUUCAACAAUUACAACAAUUCCAUAUCGAAACUUCAUCUAUUAAAUCGGAUGAUUCUUUAAUUUCUGAGGAUACCUGGUCAUCAUUGUAUGAUUCAAAUAUUUUACCAUUGGAUAUAAAGAAUAUCAAUAAAACGGACAUUUUGGAAAGUGAGCCAAUAUCAUUAGCCCAAAUACCAGGCUCAAUGAAAGACCAAGUACAAGUUGUCACCUUAGGUACUGGUUCAGCAUUACCAUCUAUUCAUCGUAACGUUAUCUCAACGUUGGUGAGAAUACCAUAUAUUGACAAUAACACAGUUAAAUUUAGAACUAUAAUGUUAGAUGGGGGGGAGAAUACUUUAGGAACUAUGAUGAGAAAUUUUGGCCAUAACAACAAAGAGCAAUUAAUCAAAAUUUUCGAAGAGUUAAGUCUAAUACAUCUAAGUCAUCUACACGCUGAUCAUCAUUUAGGAAUUAUCUCGAUAAUUAAUAAAUGGUUUGAAAUUAAUAUUGAUAGCGAAAAAAAGCUCUACUUGGUUAUACCAUGGCAAUAUAAUAACUUCAUGAAAGAAUGGUAUUCCUUGGAAGAACAAAUUUAUGACAAAAUCGACUUGAAUAGAAUUGUUUACUUGAGUUGUGAAGAUUUCAUAAAAGAUAGACAACCACAGUUUCAACAAGUUGAUAUUGAUGAAUUUGAGAGAAAGUACGAUAAUGAUGAAUUCAACCAAGUUAUACCCAGAGAAAAGUUGGCACCUAAGAAUCACGUAUUAAUCAAUGAUUUGUAUAAAAACUUAGGAAUAAACUCUAUUCAAACUGUGAGAGCGAUUCAUUGUUAUUGGUCGUAUUCUAUUAGUAUUGAUUUUGCAUUGCCAUCUGAGGAAUCUUUUAAAGUAUCCUACUCCGGCGAUACAAGACCAAAUCCAAAGUUUGUUGACAUAGGUUAUGGGAGUGAUUUGUUGAUACAUGAAUCUUCCUUAGAUCAUGAAUUAAUUGAAGAAGCUAUCUCCAAAAAACAUUCAACGAUGAUAGAAGCAAUUACGGUAUCGAAAUUAAUGAAUUGUGCUAAAGUAAUAUUAACCCAUUUUAGCACGAGAUAUUCGAAUAAAGCAAACAUGCUUAUCGAGAAUAAUGAGCUAAUUAAGCUUUCUACUAAUUUGAGAGAUUAUUUAGUUAGAUACGGAUCUACAUCAAAUAUUUUUGUUCCCGAAAGGUCAAACAAAAGACCCAUAAAAGAGUUUGAAGAUUUACAAAUUUGUUUUGCAUUCGAUAUGAUGAAUGUAAGGUUCAAUAACUUGCAUUUGCAAAAAGAUAAAUAUAAAGAGAUCUUGGAGAUUUUCCAGACCGAUGAUGAUUUAAAUGAAGAUUUGAAUGACAAAAGAGAAAAGGAAAUGAAAAAGCAGCGUGAAAAGCGCGAAGCUAAACGAAUUCAAAGACUAUCGAUCAAAAAUGGCAAGAAAAAGAGAAGAGUAAGUAGCGAUGAAGAAAUCGAUUGA